AUUUUCUAGAGCUCUCACCUUUUCAUUUGUUGUCGGGAAAGUCGCUCAGUAGGUGCCCGCCCCCGCUUGGAAGAGUUGGUUCAAUUCUGGACGCGGCUGCUAGCUCCUGUCAGAACCCGGGUGGGUGUCGGGCAGCGCGGGCAUUGCCUGUGAGAGAGCCGGGAUGGAGCCAGGCCAUGAUUGGAUGUGACCCCCCCCCUCACCCGGACUAAAGAUGGCGGGUGGUCCUAAAGCAUUGCCCCUAUUCAACAUGGCGGCGCACUGCCACUGCUGGCUCCUGGCUCUGGUGUUCUUGGUGCUCUGCGGGUCCAUGGCUAGUUCGUCCGCGGCCGGAGAGGACAGUGAGGAGACCGUCAUUAUAGGGCUGCGGCUGGAGGAUACGGACGAGGUGUCGGCCAUGCACGGCGGAGCGCUGCGGGUUAGCGAGCGGACCCGGGUCCGGUUGCGGGUUUACGGUCAGAACAUCAACAACGAGACGUGGUCCCGCAUCGCCUUCACUGAGCACGAACGGAGCCGGAGCAGGAGCGGGGCCCCGGGGGAAGAGGAAGGCUUCCACCCCUGCGGGAUCCGCACCUCGGACAUCAUCAUCCUGCCUUCCAUUGCACUGAGCCGCCGCAGCUCCGGCAUCGUGGAGAUCGAUAUCAAACCCCUGCGGAAGACUGAGAAGAGUAAGUCCUACUACCUGUGCACCUCCAUCUCCACGCCACCCAGUGGGGGGCACCCACAGCCCUGGGCAGAGACCACCUGGAUCUAUCAUGAUGGGGAGGACACCAAGGUGAUUGUGGUGGAAGAGAAGAAGUUCUUGUUGCCUUUCUGGCUUCAGGUCAUCUUCAUUGCCAUGUUGCUGUGCCUGUCCGGCAUGUUCAGCGGCCUCAACCUGGGGCUCAUGGCGCUGGAUCCCAUGGAGCUGCGCAUUGUCCAGAACUGUGGCACCGAGCGGGAAAAGAACUACGCCAAGCGCAUUGAACCGGUCCGUAGACAGGGCAACUACCUGCUCUGCUCGCUUCUGCUGGGCAAUGUCUUGGUCAACACCACAUUGACUAUCCUGUUGGAUGACAUCGCUGGAUCUGGACUGGUGGCCGUGGUGGUGUCUACCAUUGGGAUUGUCAUCUUCGGAGAGAUUGUGCCACAGGCGAUCUGUUCCAGGCAUGGACUAGCUGUCGGGGCCAACACUAUCUUCUUGACCAAAUUCUUCAUGAUGAUGACCUUUCCCGCUUCCUACCCUGUAAGCAAGCUGCUGGACUGUGUGCUGGGUCAGGAAAUAGGCACUGUCUAUAACAGGGAGAAACUGUUAGAGAUGUUGAGGGUCACUGACCCCUACAAUGACCUAGUCAAAGAGGAACUCAAUAUCAUCCAGGGUGCCCUGGAACUGAGGACCAAAACUGUGGAGGAUGUGAUGACCCCUCUCCGUGACUGCUUUAUGAUGGCUGGGGAUGCAGUUCUGGACUUCAACACCAUGUCCGAGAUCAUGGAAAGCGGCUACACCCGGAUACCUGUCUAUGAAGGGGAGAGGUCCAACAUUGUGGACUUGCUUUUUGUCAAGGACCUGGCAUUUGUGGAUCCUGAUGACUGCACACCUCUAAAGACUAUCACCAGGUUCUACAACCACCCCUUGCACUUUGUUUUCAAUGACACCAAGCUGGAUGCCAUGCUCGAGGAAUUCAAAAAAGGUAAAUCCCACCUUGCUAUUGUGCAAAGGGUUAACAACGAGGGAGAAGGAGAUCCAUUUUAUGAAGUACUUGGCAUUGUUACCCUUGAAGAUGUGAUUGAAGAAAUCAUCAAGUCAGAGAUCUUGGACGAAACAGACUUGUACACGGAUAACAGGACAAAAAAGAAGGUAAUGCACCGGGAGAGGAAGCAGGACUUCUCCGCUUUUAAACAAACCGACAACGAAAUGAAGGUUAAAAUAUCACCACAGCUUCUCCUGGCAAUGCACCGUUUCCUAGCAACAGAAGUGGAUGCAUUUAGCCCCUCUCAGAUGUCAGAGAAAAUCCUGCUAAGGCUGCUGAAACAUCCCAACGUUAUCCAAGAGCUAAAGUUCGAUGAACGGAACAAGAAGUCUGCUGAAUACUACCUCUACCAGCGGAAUAAGCCCGUGGACUACUUUGUUCUCGUUUUACAGGGGAAGGUAGAAGUGGAAGCGGGCAAGGAAGGCAUGAAGUUCGAAGCAGGUGCAUUUUCAUACUAUGGCGUAAUGGCUCUCACUGCAUCACCAGUUCCCUUGUCCCUGUCUCGUACCUUUGUUGUCAGCAGAACAGAAUCGUUAGCAGGUUCUCCAGCAGAGAAUAAAUCUCCACCCCGUCCAUGUGGAUUGAACCAUUCGGACUCUCUUAACAGAAGUGAUAGAAUUGACGCUGUGACGCCUACACUGGGAAAUAGUAACAACCAGCUCAAUGCUUCCUUCUUACAAGUCUAUAUCCCUGACUACUCUGUAAGAGCCAUAACAGACAUGCAGUUUGUUAAGAUCACAAGGCAGCAGUACCAAAAUGCAUUAAUGGCUUCACGCAUGGACAAAACGCCUCAAUCCUCAGACAGUGAGAACACUAAAAUAGAUAUGACUCUUACCGAGCUACACGACGGCUUAGCAGAUGAAACAGCAAAUCUGUUAAACGAACAGAACUGUGUCACACACAACAAGUCCAACCACAGUAUGCACAAUGAAGGUCCGAUUUGAGGGGGUUCAGCCCAGCUCAUUGACAUUCAGGACUGUCCUCACUUCAUUCUCAAGCUUCCUUCCCGGAUUCCUGUCUGUGCAACUGCAAACACCUUGAGUACAAGCUCAUGCCGAGUGCCACCCAGCAUUCUGAGACCAAAGAUUCUGAGCCCAGCGGUGGCAGGAACCGAAGUACUUAAAACAGGAGCAGGAGAGAGACAUCAGGAAUAAAGCAAAUAGUAAUAAAUAAAACUAGGGAUUGGUGAGUGAGACCAAAAAAGAUGAUCAUCAAACAAAAUAAGAUACUGUUUUACCCCCCUUAUUGACUCGUGGCAUGGUUUGAUAUCAUAAUUGGACCAAUCACAAUGCAGAAAUCACUACUGCAAUAUUAUGGUUGGUUGUCAAAAACUCAGGCCUUAAAUACAUGUUAGCCUGGUUCUCAUAAACCCCAAAGUGACUGGCUCGAUUCAUCCGAAAUUCUUCUGUCCAUGGGAAAUUUCAGCCAAAAAAUGACGAUAUAGGUACUUUGGUGUUUAAAAAUCAGAUGUUAUGGGGUAGUUAAUGGUUUCCCUUUUUUCCAUCUCACUAGGAGUCGUUUAUUCUUGCAUUGACAAGCGGAAACCUGUAAGAGUACGGGUUGUUGUUAUUCUUCUUUAGCAGAAAAUUGUUUUUGCUCUUACAUGUUAUGUCUUACAUGUUAUGUUUUUUUCUCUGGUUUAUACUUUAAAAGUAGACCUCAUUGGCUACCCAAGUUCAUUAGGUUUUCUUCUAAUUGUAUUCAGCUGAUAUCACUGUACUCUGAGCAAACAUAAGAUAUACAUCUUAUAGCUCGUUACAGUGGACUAACCCAAAGAUAUGUCAGUUUUAAUUCAUAUUUUUUUCUGUUUUCCCCAGAAAAGAAAGAUUUUAAUGUAAAUUGAACAAAUGCAUCAAUCAUUAGGAUUUAGCAUGAACUAUCCCCUGCAGUUUUCCAGACUGAGAAAACUUAUAGCAAAAUUAUUUUUCACCUUUUGCGAUAGUAACUUAAAAAUGCAGCCUAUUUCCCCCUUAUUCCCAUAGUAACCCAGAAGUUAGCUGUCAGUGCCUUAUGAUUAGGUGGUGAAUACUCCCUUAUGUAAAGCUGGGACGUAGAGAAUGAUCAAGAUUGUUGUUUGUCUUUAUUGUUCAACUGUAAACAAUUAUCUUACAAGCGUAAAAUGAACACAUUAUAUUACAUUGUGCAAUUGUCCCACUGAUCACCGUCAUUGUAUAACACUAAACUAAAAUAUUUCUUCAAAUCCUCAACCACAAGGUGUGCGAUACAGCUAGAAGUCCCAAUGGAAUGGCUAUUCCAUACCUGGGUAUGUUUGGUAUAAUCUGUUACCAUGUUGUGUUAAUGACCCAGUAGUUUUGGUUUAGUUCUGUGUAUUUAGUACCCGCAAUAUCAAUGCAAUUUCAGGAAAAAAAAAGUAUUUGAAUCCCCAUUGUUUCUUCUCUGUGCAAGUCUUUUCAAUGGUUUAAUCCAACCGAUAAACAGAAAGGUGUUCUGUGUUCAACAAAAGAUUUGUAAUAUUUUUCUAGAAUAAGCUGUAUUUUAUGUACUUCAAUUAUAUUUUCAUGUUGAUUAGAAUGCUGCUAUAUUAGCUGGUCUUAAUGACGCUGGUGCCCCUCCAGAGCAUAGAAAUUAUGUGCAGUUACCGGGAUACAGAUCUCACUCAUAUACAGGGGAAGAAAAAUUAGACAACAAAAUUAUUGGGAAAUACAUUUGAGAAAGAUCUCCUGCCCUGUAACAGAGCUAUUGCAUGGUGUGAGAUUUCUUUUUCGGAGUUUCUACUAACAAAGUGGUGCCCUCUCCUAGGACUGUGGUAGAAUGUUUCCAGUUGUUACACUAUGGUGUAGAUGAGGUAGCAAGUGAUCGUAUGGAGAUACUACAGGCCCACUAGAAAACACUGGACCAUAGGCCCACACUCUAAACUUGUAUUCCUCCUCUCCUCCCUCAACCUCUUUAUUAAUCUAUUCCUAGACUCUUUACUUCGCAUACUGUACUUUAGCCUUCCUUCUAUUAAACCUCUAUUGGACCCACCAGACGUUUCCAUGGUAUCCCUGUGGGCCAGUCCAACAGUGGCAAGUGAUAUUGUUCCCUCCUAUACGUUCACAAUAUUAAAUUCUAAGUGUUCUGUAUGUUAAAUGCUCACACUUAUCCUUUUGUUUGUGCUAAAAUAAGUGGAAAUCAGGGACUAG